UCUGAUCAGCCCAGGUCACCUAGGAUCCUUACAGUCCUUUCUCCUUUCCCAGCUUCCCGUGGUCUGUCCAAUUCCUCCUCUACUCCAGUUCUCAUCCCUGAUGCCUUGCUCCACCAUAGUCUGAUCUGGUCAAUUUCCCAAUGUCUCUUUAAUUCUUCUGGGCCCCCUCCCAGACCAAUUCCUACCCCCUCUCCUCACUUGUCUGAUCUGCUUUGUUUCCCAAUGGACUCUACAGCCUCUUCCCCUACCCCCUCCAUCCUCUCACCGUCUUGUCCUCCUACCCCUCCUAAACCCUUUCUCUGCUUCCUCCCCAUUUCCCCUGGGGGGUGUGCUUGCGGAGGGGCCUCGGGAGAAGUGGGCGCAGAAAUGGCGUCACCCUCUUGGGGACCGCGGCCUUUGCCCCGCUGUGUUUACGCGAACUGUUUCGGCUCCCAUCCCUGCGGGAGGUCUAUUUUCUACGAAGGCCUCGGCUUGUGGAGACUGCAGCGGCACGAGGCUGGAAAGGAGUCCCAGGAGGUGGAGGCGGUGAUGGCGGCUACGGUACCGGGAGGCAGCUCGGAGCCCACCCAGCCAAAGGCAGAAAGACUUCCGGCGCCGAACCUGGGAAAGCAGACGCUGAAGGCUCACAGGCCUCCCCAACGGCUUGACCAGGUCGCUAGGAGAAGACAGGGGAAGGCUCUGAGGGCCGGGGACCGCGCCAGGAAAGAAAAUGUCAGUGAUACAUUUGAAUUCUACGUACCUUUGAAUGAGGCUGGCAAAAUCACAAAGAAGAAGAAAAAGCAUGCAGUAUGGGACAGUGUAUACAAAGUGAUUUCCAAGAUGCUGAAAGAAAACGAAAAAAUCAGAGACAGAAUGAACUUCAAACAGGGUUGUUCUGAAAAUGGUGACCUGGCCCAAAGUACAGAAGAUGAGUCCUUUCCUCUCUCUGGGAGAAACAACUCGUCAUGAAAUGAUUGAUUAACACAUUCUAAAAUGGAAGAGAGAAAAAUUAAUGGAUGGACACUGACAACAUCAUUUGGAUUUCAUGGAAUGUUUUGGUUUAGUUUCCUGGCAUUUGGCUUGGCCAGUUAGCUUCUCCUAACCUUUACCCUGACACCUUUGGAUUCGUUCCAAUUGCUAAUAAGACAUCAGCAGUUUUGGAAGGGCUUUGAGACUCGACCUACCACUUAAGAAAGUCAAGUUGAAAAGCAGUUUUUCCUUUUUAAAGAUAAGUCUAGGUAUAUACACUUUGUUGCCCCAGAAGACCUUUUUGGAGGUUGUUUUAAAUCCAAGGAAUAAAACAUUUCCCUUGGAAAUAGUGUUCUGUGGGCUUGUCUUGGAUGUCAUAUAGGUUCUUCAUUGUAUCCAUUCAAAGACAUGAGAAUUUAGGGUUAUGUUGAUUAGGUAUCUUCUGUACCCUUAACAUAUAGCAUCUCACCUCUUAUAGAACAUUUCUCUGAGGCAUCACAUCAGUAUUGAGUUUUCAUGGUCCCAAAGAAAGAGGGAUUUUGAAAUUACAGAUCAAAUAUUUUCAUUAUUGUACACCAUUAUGAACUUGCUGCUGCUCUUAACCUAGGCAAGACAGAUUUGAAGUAGAUAUAUCUUGACCUCAAUAGGCCUUCUGUCUUUGGCAUGACUCAAAAAAGUGACUUAACUGUUGAAGACUUUGGAAUUAGUAGUUCUGAAGGGGGAGAGUCAUUAGGAGGGAAAAAAAGACCAAAUAAUAUAAACUAUCUGCUUUAAGCUUUUCAAAGAAGUUCAGUUAGACCUAAUGUCCAUUCAGAGACAAUGGCCCUGGCAGUCUCAAUCAUAUAGUCAGGUGUUUAUGCAGCUUUUUUAAGUUCAAUAGUUUUUUUUUUCCCAAGCAGCUAAAGAUACUGACAUUCUUAGGUUUAGGAAUUCACAACAAUCUUUGUUUUAGGGUACCUCAGUAGAUUGAGAGCCAGGUCUAGAGAUGGGAGGUCUUGGGUUAAAAUCUGAUCUCAGACACUUCCCAGCUUUGUGACCCUGGGCAAGUCACUUGACCCCCAUUGCCUAUCCCUUACCACUGUUCUGCCUUGGAGCCAAUACACAGUGUUGAUUCCAAGUCGGAAGGUAAGGGCUUAAAAAAAUCUUUGUUUUAAACCAUAGUAAAUUUGCAAGUGAUUCUGAUAAAAAUAUUUCUUGGAAAUAUUUUGUUUCCUUUGGACCACCAACUGAAGGUGCAAGCUCUUAUUGAUUGGUGUUAUAAAUAUCAUCAGCCUCCACUAUCCCUUGAAGAUUUGCCUUUUGGGUUCUAUUAUCAUUUCUUGAGAUGCUCCAGCCAUGCUGCUUACUUCACUCCCAGCUCACCUUAUUCUUUGGACUGUCUCACCUCCCCACUAGUUAAUUUGCCCCUGUGUGGACACCCUUCUCCCACCCCAAUUCUGACUUUCCAGUUCCCCUUUAUGUCUUUUCUUAUUAGAAUGCAAACUUUUUGAGAGUGGGGGUCAAACAGUUUUAUUGUGUUUAUAUCCCCAGCACAUGACUUAAGGUCUGGCAAAUAAUUAUUUAAUAAGUGCUCUAUCUAGAUCUCAUAUUUCUAGGCAUCUCAUCUUCCUGUAUUAAAAAAACAUGUUUAUUAUACUUCUUAUCCUUUGUAUAGAUGAAGGGCUAUGGAUUUAUAAUAUUUCAUAUACUAUUAGAUAUAGUUGAUAGGUUGAGUGAUUUUGCUAAAUUCAUUCUAUGUAACAAGGGAUAGAUAUCUGGGUAGGAGAUGUUUGGAAAUGAAGGUGAUAUAAAACAAAAGAUGCUAAUUUAAAAAUUCCAUUCAAUAUUUGGUUGAUUACAAUCUUUUGUUUUCCGUUGUUCAAUGUGAUAAUGUGUAUAUACUUCAUAAAAAUUAUCAAAAUGGAUUCUGAAGGGGAUGCACAAUUAUAAAAUCAGAAAAAUUUAUUUAUCUACUUUAUGGAUUAGAAGUGAAUACAAUGAAAAUGGUUUAAAACUUAGCAUAUAUGUUAGAACAGAAAUUUGAAUAUUUUGUCACUCUUGGCAGUUAUAAUUGUAAUUAUAUACAUGUCUACAUACAAAGUAAUACAAAAUGAUAUUGGCAGGUUAAAUAUAAAUAAUGCAAGUAGGAUAUAUUAAUGUAAUUAUUAUAAUUGUGCUGUUAAGAUGAUAUCCUUCUAUAACUUAUUCAGCUUAAUUGUUUGACAUGUAGAUUGUUUCCCAUUGCUUUUAAAAAUAAAAGAGCUAUGACUAUCAUAAAGA